GAGGACGGAGGAAGAGCCGUAUGUUUUCGCAGGCGGAGCUUCUUCGUCUCGUACCGUUGGAAUUUGCUGCGUGUGUUUUCUCGGCAUAUUUGCCUGGAAAGAAAAAAAAAGGAGAACCAGCAGUGAGGAAGAGGAGAAAGAAGAAGACCGCCUGUGCAGGCAGAUGUGAACUGAAGGAACCCGGUCGGUGCCGUUAAUCCGCUACAAUGUGGCAGCCUGCGACUGAGAGACUGCAGCAUUUCCAGAACAUGUUGAAGUCAAAGCUGAAUGUUUUGACACUACGUAAGGACUCACUGCCGAGUGUCAUCUUUCAUGAACCGGAGGCCAUCGAGCUCUGCUCCACAACACACACCACAAAACAACGCACACACACUGGCUAUAAGGUGACAUAUCUAGGGAAAGUGACAAUCCCAGGCUCUAAGUUCCUCUCAGGCUGCACUGAGUCUGCCGUGGUGGCAUUAUGGGAUACAAAAUGCUCGUCAAUCGCCAUGGAUGGCUUGUUGGAGAUCCGGCCCUUCCAGGUGCGUUUGCACCACUUGAGUGGGCGGAGUGAGGCGCCAGACUCAGUGGAGACAUUCCAGGUGGCACAAAUCGCAUACUGCACAGCGGAUCAUGAGGUGAGCCCAAAGGUGUUCGCAUUCAUCUACCGGCAGAUCAACGAGGACCUGACGUUCCAGAUGGACUGCCACGCCGUGGAGUGUGAAAGCAAGCGUGCUGCCAAGAUGCUUGCUCACGCAAUGAUGGAUGCCUUCAACAAGACCUUCCACUCCAUGCGGACCGACGGGCGCAUCCACCAAUCAGAACGCGAGAUUCCUGAAGACUCAAAUGGCAAUCCUGAUGAUGGCUGAGGCUGAGGGUCGAGGGGGUGGGACCUGUAGGGGGAAUGUGUGAUCCCAUCUCUGUUUCUGUCUUUGGUGGGAUAAUAAAGAAAAAAAAAAUCAAAAUGUUCUCUUAGCUCGUGGCUAAUAAAUAAAUGCAUCACUGCAGCCAUAUUGCUCACAAAUCUUGUUAUUGUUCUAGAAUGUUGCAAUGAAAGUUUGAUCUAGAACUUGUAUUAGGACAUCACAAUGGACUGUUGUUCUCAGCUGCUGCGAUAGUUUAUUGUUUCAGAAUGUUGCCAUGGCUGUUCUACAAUUCUCUGUGACCCGAGAACUUCGGAUAAGAGGUAGAAAAUGAAUGAAAGAAUGAAUGAAUGAAUGAAUAUUGUGAUCCAGGUGUGUUCUAGAAUACUGUUAUAGAAUACUGCAUUUAGAGUUUUGACAAACAUUGUUAUAGAUGAUUUGUACAAUAGAUUGUCGCUCUCAUAUUCCAGCUCAUGAUGGAAUGUGGUGUUAGAUAAAACAUUGCUCCAAAAUACGACAAGCCUUGUUCUAGAAUAUCACAUUGGAAACCUUUUCUAGAGUAUUGCAACCCCUUGUUAUAGAACAUGUAUCUAAAUUAUUUAAAAAAAAAAAAGUCAGAUGGUUUUACAUUAUUUUUGAACAAUGUUCUUGAAUGCCUUGAUAUUGUGUUGCCCUAGAACAUUGCACCCGUUGUUCUAGAACAUUGUUUUAGAAUAGCACAAGCUUUUUAUGGAGCGUCAAAUAUUGGGAUUGUUGUACUAGAACACACGCAAGAUUCUUCCUGAAUAUUGCAUCAUGAUGCAACAUUUGUUUUAGAAUGUGAUGGAAUGUUCUAGAAUGUUGCUAGCAUGCUUCUGGUACAUUGGGAUGGAACAUUGUUCCAAAAAGAUGGUAAAGAACAUGUAUUUUAGAACAUUGAGGAAUGUUGCAGGCAUUUUUAAUGGAUCCGCAAAUAUUGUGUCAUUGUUGUAGAACAUUGUUAGUUCAAAAUAUUACAUCAGGAUGCGUCAUUAUUAUUUUGCAUACUGUACACUGUUCUAGAACAUAGAUGAAAAGUGGCCAAUGCUGCAUCACCAUAUAAUAAAAAUUUAUUCAAGAUUAUUUUUUUCAAAAUGUCACAUUUGACCAAAGGUGAAAAUCACUAGCCUAGGUGCUCAUCACAAACAGAUUACUAGUCCAUACUCAAACUUUACUAUUUGUAGCUCCCCUCUGUCGAGUAUGAUCUGGAGGCAGUCCCCCAAGCACAGAAAGAUAAUAUGUCUAUUUCUAUUGUUUUUAAAGUUGUAUUAUGUACAUUCAAACAUAACAUACUAGAAGUGUUUACAAUAUUUCAUGGUACAAUGCAGUACCAGCUAGUUUUAAAAUCAUGCUUCUAGGUAAGCAAUUUUUACUGCAUUACAUUUCCAUUUUGACAUUACAUUAUUUUCAACUUAAAAACUUUAAACCUGAAAUCAUCAAAGAUUAAAUUAAAAUACCUAUUAGAGAAAAAUAGCUUUACAAUAAAUUCCGCCAUCUAAUUGUCACUUUUUUUAUACACAUUUUCCUUUUUCUGUACUUCAAUGAGAAAUUCUAAUGUUAAUAUUGACUAGGCCUAUGGCUACGAAUAAUUAUCCAUGGCAUUUGAGAAUUUGUUUUAAUUGUCAUUGCAGUUAAUUAGUUAAAUACCUUGUUAUACUUCAGGAUAAAUGACAUUAGCUCCCAUUUUUUAGCUCAGUUAACAGGUUUCUUGACAUCCGAAAAUAUAAUUGGGCUACUGUAGCUUAUGGAGUAUUUUAAAUAAUGUGAGAAUAGUGAGUCCAGUAGAUUGUGAUGGAACUUGGUGAUGAAACAUGCUUUAGAAUAAUGUUUUAGUAUCUCUCAACAGAUCUUUGUAUAUUGGAAAUUGGUUACUGAAUGUUCUGGAACAUGACAAUAGAACACUGUCCCAAGAUGCUACAAUAGAUGUUUUAUGCCUUAUUCUAGAACAUCAAUGGUGAAACAAUUUUGCAGUACAUAGCUAGAACAUGGUUUAGUUCUAUACAAGAGCAUCAGAUAAAUGAUGAGUUGUUUUGAAACAUUGCUGAAAUCUUGUUUGAGAAUGUUAGAUUGUUUUAGAAUACAAUUGUGCCAGAAUGUUCUAGAGCGUUCUUCAACAUUGUGUUUUACAGCAUCAUGAUACGUUAAAAAAAAUGCCAAGAGGAACGUUGUUUUAUAACAUUGUGAUGAAAUAUAUUUUUCUAGUACUGCAAACAUUCUAUACUGCGGAAAUUCUUCUUGAAUGCUGUAAAAGAAUGUUGUUCUAGAAUAACAAUACAUUCUUGAAUACUGUAAGCGAAAAUAGUUGAGGGAAAAGUAAACCCCCCCCCCCCUCCCCACACGCACACACACACACCACCACCACCACCACCACCUCACCCCAAAAAGCCUAUACACAAAGCCACUGUGUGUUACAGUAAAUGUAUGAGUGGUGGGACAUUCCUGUCUUGCAUUCUCCUUAGCCAGUAAGAAUCUCUGGAAUUUGUUCCCUCUUUCACACAAUGUUUCCUGAGUAGCUGAAGUAUUUACCGAGUGUAUUUUCAAAAAUUGUGUUUUUAACAGCCAGAUGUGUGUGUGUGUGUGUGUGUGUGUGUGUGUGUGUGUGUGUGUGUGUGUGUGUGUGUGUGUGUGUGUGUGUGAGUGUGUGUGUGAGAGAGAGAGAGAGAGAGAGAGAGAGAGAGAGAGAGAGAGAGAGAUUUAUACUAAAUACCAUGGAUAAACCAUUGGUAAAUCUUAACAGAAUGGGUUUUUGACACCAGUAUUAGGUGACGCUUUGUGUUCUGUAUGUGUGUGUGUGUGUGUGUUUGCAUAUAUGGUUUGAAGUGAGUGACAGAUUUGUUUCUCAGCCAAAUUUAUUGCUGUAUAUAAAUACAGAUUCUCCACAGUGCUGUGUUCUGUUGUAAAAGUUUUUUUUGCUGUUUUAUUCUCUCUGCAUUGACCUGCCUGGCUGCAUCCCAAAUGCAACUCUAUAGUACAUGCCUUCAUUAUGAACCAUUCUUUACAAGUGCUGAUGAUUGAGAACUGUUAUUUGGGAGGUUUUACAUAAAGCCUGGUACUUAAUGGGAUAAUCUGUGAUCUACUUUAACCAGCACACAAGCUAUAUACAAGCUACAGCUCCUCUAGAUUAAUUAGCUAAGCUUAUGCACUGCGUCCACUGUGAGUCAGGCUGUAUGAUCAACACAGUGAACAUGGCUUUAAAUUGCUGAUGUUUUCUUUGGAAGACCAGAAACGAACUUUAGCAUUUGGGAUGAAGCCUUAGUAUCAGUUUCAGUUCCUGUCUUUUUUUUUUUGAGCAGCGAAUGUUUGAUAUCAAGCUGCACACUUUUUAUUUUAAGGUACUUGUUGAUUGGUUAUGUUCACAUGAUUGUGGAUAUAUUUUCUUGUACAGUUGACUAUGGAAUAUGUAACACACACACACACCCACACACCCACACACACACACACACACACACACACACACACACACACACACACACACACACACACACACACACACACACACACACACACACACACACACACACACACAGAGUUCUCCAAAUAUAAAACAUCUAAGUAACUGUACUGACAAUUAGUAGAACAGAGAGAGAAAGAGAUCUAUAUAUAAAUAUGAAUAUAAAUUUAUCUCUACAGUGUAUUCAUGAAGCCUUUGUUUAUACAGAUGUAUCAGUUCUCUAUUAUUCCAGUCGAAUGUUUAUAGACAUUUUGUUUAAUCACAUAAAGUCAGUAUUGUGCAGAAGCAGAAUGAGUGAGUGUGCUGUUGUUUUCUGUGAAUGUUCUCACUUCCUGCCAUAGCAGCUUUAAAUGUCUGGUGUGAAUUUCUAUCAAAUAAAAGUCCUCACCUAUAAACUCCUUACCAGCA